AUGCCUCUGUAUUAUUAUUAUUUUUUAGUUUUAGGAUUAGUUAGCUUUGUGCAAUGUGAUUUUAAGUUACAAAUUGUUAAAGACAUGGAGGGAUAUGUUUCUCCAGUGUCCAGUGAGAAUGUUGAAGAAAAGGCUGGUACAGCUUUUUCCCUUAUUUGCGAGUUAAUAACCACAGAUAACGACACUAAAGAGUAUGAUGAGAAUUUAUCGUGGGCCAAAGGUGAGAAAGCGAAAGACUUGCACUCGAGCAACAUUGUGAACCGUUUUAAACCUGUCACGAGUCGGAAAACGAUCAACGAGGCCGAAAAAGAGUUUCGUCCUCUCCGUAUUGAAGAUAAAGGAACGUACUUCUGUGUGAGCCUUAAGUUCAACUUGUUUAAGAGUAUCGACCUUCGGGUAAGGCACGAUAUUAAACGUUUGGAACCAAGACCGCUAUUCGAGACCAAUUUCUGCAACGAUCAAAUGUUCCAAUGUGUUAGUAACGGGGUGUGCAUAAUCUCACACUAUGUUUGUGAUGGGGUAGCAGAUUGUCGUGAUAGAUCUGAUGAAAGUGAGGAAACAUGCAAAGGAGAUCCAUGUAGAGAUAAAAUUCCUUGCGAUGAAGGGAGAUGCAUUCCAACAUCUUGGUGCUGUGAUAGGAAUCACGAUUUGAAUUGUACAGUCACAAACAGACCAAAAUGCUGUCAGAUUUUAUCUGAAUCUUACGAGGAGUUUGGAUUUCCAAAUGUCAACCAAACACAAAUAAAUGGAGCUCGAUAUUUGUUUGUGCUAGUGUGCAUCCUCAGCAUUCUAUUCUCGGUAGUGCUCCUGCUGCUGAUCCUCUCGAAAGUGCUCGUGAUCUACGCGAAGAAGGCCGUGGUGCAGGAGCAACGGCACCGCUACUGCGAGAACAUCGCGCUGCGCAGCCAGACGGCGCAGCUCGCGCAUUCCGACGGCGACGUCUACGGCUUCUACAGGAACUCGCGCACGCCUCGCCGCCUCGUCGAAGGCGGCUCCGACGUCGGCGAUCCUCUGCUGUUUCCGCCUCGCUUCGCGGCCGACCCGAUGGACGACCAGCCGCCGUCGUACGUCGACGUGCUGCGCAGCGGCGGCCUGAUGUCGGAGCCGCCGCCGCCCUACGCGAGCACCGAGAUGCUCGACGUCGACGGCAGGGGGCGCCGCGCGCCAGACGACGGUUCGGGAAAUGUUACUGAUCUGCACAUCAAAAUACAAGAAAACGUAUAA